GGCACCUAUGCAUACAUGUUCUUCGGUUGAUCUGUUCUCACCCACUCCCCUCCCUGCCUUCCCGCUGACAUUCCUCCAUCUGUUCCAUCUUCUACGCCUCUGGAUCUACUUUGGUCAUUAGUUUAUUUUACCCAUUAGAUUCCACAUGUGAGCGCGCUCACCGGAUACUUGUCUUUGGAGGACUGGCUGACUUCACUUAGCAUAAUGCUGUCCAGGUCCAUCCAUGCUGUUGCAAAGGGUCUGACUGCCAUGGCGCCCACAUUCCUGAUUCUUUUGGGGGCCGCCGUCGCACUGGGAGCAGACGUACGUCCUGAUAAGAACUUCUCACUCCUCCCACCCGUCAAUUUCACCAUUCACGCCGUGGGUUUGGCGCAAGUGCUCUUACGCUGGGACCCGAAUCCUGAUCAAGAGCCCGGGUCGCUCACGCUUGGCUACCACGUGAAGGUCCACGCGCCGGAGGACGAGGACUAUCAAACCAAGAACACGGAGAGCAAACGGGUGGCCCCGCUUCACCGCGGCUUCUCGGCCAGCGUGCGGACGGUCCCCUGGGAAGAGCCCUCCCUCCUGGCGAGCGGCUGGGUGUCCGCCGAGCUCCCGGCCCCCCCAGGGUCUCCUGGGACCGCCGCGGUGAACCUGACCUGCGCCACCAGCACCGUGGCGAGUAACGGGACGCGCGCCCGGCCCUACCACGUUUCCCUGCGCUGCGCCUGGCUGGGGGGCGCCGCGGCCCCCGAGGACACGCAGUACUUCCUCCGCUACAGGUACGGCGCGCGGACGGAGGAGUGCCGCCGGUACAGCCAGGACCCGCGGCAGAGGAACGUGGCCUGCUGGUUCCCGCGGACGGGCAUCGACGGCAAAGGGCGGGACCGGCUCGCCGUGCAGGUCAGCGGCUCCAGCGCCCGCGCGGCCAUCCAGCCGUACGACGGGCUGUUUGCUCUCCACGCCAUCGAUCGCGUCAACCCUCCUGGGAACGUCACGGCCGAGGUGCAGGGGGGCCGUCUGCACGUCCGCUGGGAGAAGCCCGUGUCCGCCUUCCCGGGCCACUGCUUUGAGUACGAAGUGAAAAUCCACAACACAGGGAAGCGCUACUCCCAGACAGAAAAAAUGACGACCAACGAGUUCACCACAACAGUUCAUGACAUUUCUAAGUAUUGCAUCGAAGUGAGGGCCGCCGUGAGCUCCGUGUGCAGAGAGGGGGGGCUCUGGGGCGAGUGGAGUCCAGCGAUUUCCGUGGGAAACGAGGCGCAGAAGCCCUGGACGGAAUGGUACCCGAUCACGCUGGUGGCCGCCCUGUGCCUCGCCUUCGUCUCCUCCCUCGCCUGCAGGACAUGUCACGUGUGGACCAAGCUGUUUCCACCAGUCCCAGGACCCAAAAGCCACAUUCAAGACUUCGCUGCCACGGUGAACUACGAGAAAUCUGGGUCUCGAGAGACAGAGAGCGAAGUCAUCAGCUACGUGGAGGAGCCCGGGCUCGAGGUCCUGGAGGACUUGGUGUUCUGACGGGCGUGGGCCACCGGCAGCGAGGACUGCCUCCCGCUCGGAGGCGCGGAGUUCCCCAACACCGGCCUCACUGCGGCCGGGCGGGCCGGCGCCGGGGGAUGCGCCCUUCUCUGCGAGUCCCGCACAGCGCUGACCCCGGGGACAGAGACGCUAUGGACCCGCUCCCUGCACAGAGCUGGACGCGGCGGCACAGGGCAGAGCCCAGGCCACGUGCUGUCUGGGGAGGAAGGCGGCCUCAGACUGCGACAGGAAGCGCAGGGGCCACGGGGGCCUGGCCAUCGGCCGCCGCAGCCCGGCUCGUUCUGCUGACGCGGCUCAGCGGUGACGCGCGCAUGGCUGAGAGGAGCUGGGCUUUGGGAGAAAGUUCGCGAUUUUUUUGUUCGUUUUUAAAAAAUAUGUUUUUAUUGAUUUUAGUGAGGAAGGGAGAGGGAGAGAGAAACAUCCAUGAUGAGAGAGAAGCAUGAAUCGGCUGCCUCCUGCACACCCCACACUGGGGAUCCAGCCCACAGCCCGGGCAUGUGCCCUGACCGGGAAUUGAACCCUGAACUCCUGGUUCAUAGGUUGAUGCUCACCCACUGAGCCACACGGCCGGGCAGAAAAUGGCACGUUUUGAGUGGCCACUGGCCUGUCAUGGCCGGAGAGAGUGGACAUUCACUUAACAGUAAAUGCCCGUCGGCAAGUUGAUUAGACAUUGGCCCAGCCUCCCACCAGGACAGCUGGGCGGCACUCCCCCAGCCCAGAGCCUGGGUCACGGACCAGAACACACGGGGUUCCUCCUUCACGCCCCCCACUGAGGGCUGAGCCCUGCCCCCCCAUCUCUCUCUCUCUCUCUCUCUCUCUCUCUCUCUCUCUCUCGCUCGCUAUUGGGAUUCUCUGGUGCCUUGUGGGGGUGGGGUUGGGAGGUUCAGUUUGCCAACAGCUCGCCCAU